AGAAGGUUCAGUUAUGAAAACAAAAGUAUUGUAACAGAUGGGGCCAGCUGCACCUUGGAAACAGCAUAAAAGCGGGUCCGGGAGAGCCAAGGGAGCUUAUCAGCCUCACAGGAGAGCCAGAGGGACGCUGACUGACGGGGCUCGCGGCGGCAGACACACACUUUAGCACUGCGGGGGGGAGAUAUAAAAGCACUCUCCCACACAGCGUCCAGUCGUCUGGCACACUCCACACUUCACUGAAGGGCUCCGUAUGACUUGGGUGUGAGUUUCUCAUCACGGAGAAUGCUUCCUCCAGAACACCACACGACUCAACUUGAAAGGUUUUAGAGGAAAAAGAGAUAGUUAAUUUGGACAGCAUAUGACCACAAACAUUCCCUCUCUUUAAAGAUUGGAUGUUUUUUGGGCUAAGUAGCAGCCAGGUUUCGGGGGUACAUUUGUGAUGUAGAUAUUAAUGGUGGACGGGCACUGUCAAGCUGUUCGCAGAGGAAAAGAUAGAAAGACAGGAAGGAACGUUUUUGAAUUGUAACCCACUGUUAUUGUGACUAUUUUACCACCUUUAAAAAAAUUGUCUUUCAUCUUUUUCACAUUCUCCACAACUUAUCCAAACCAAGUAUUGAAAAACGGAGAUAUUGAAGCGAAGAUGGACUCCUCAUUCACCUCAGAGAUGUUUUACAAUGCGGGGUCUAUCGCAGCCCCCACCGCCAGUUACCUGGACGAGGACAUCUAUCUGCCGGAGGAUCUGGAUGUGUUCAGUGUGACCAUGGCUGUUCUCUACCUGGUUGUGUGCAUCGUAGGGCUGGCCGGGAACACACUGGUCAUCGUGGCCGUCUUAAAGCUGGACAAGAUGGCUUCUGCCACCACGGUCUACAUCUUUAACCUGGCCUUGGCUGACGCCCUCUUCAUGGUGGGCCUCCCCUUUAUCGCCAUCCAGAACUUCCAGAACCACUGGGCCUUUGGGGACCUGGCCUGCAAGCUGGUCAUGGUCCUGGAUGGCAUCAACCAGUUCACCAGCGUCUUCUGCCUGACCGUGAUGAGUAUUGACCGCUACAUGGCGCUGGUCGACCCACUGCGGUUCGCCCGCUGGCGCACACCUAGGCGGGCCAAGAUUGUCAGUGGCUUCCUGUGGCUGUUCUCCCUGCUGCCUGUCCUCCCCAUGGCCAUUCACUUCUCGGCCAGGGACGGCCUGUGCACGGUGGACCCCCACGUGACCUCUGACUCCUGGUGGCUGGCCUUCCUCAGCUACACUUUUGUCCUGGGCUUCGCUCUGCCCUCCCUGGUCAUGACUGUCUCCUACACUGCCCUGGUGGUCACCCUGAGGACUCACCGUUGCCAGGCCAGCUCCCCAAGCCAGGAGAGUCAUUGCCUAGAGACCCAGGUCACCAAGAUGGUGGUGUCGGUGGUGCUGGUGUUCGGCGUGUGCUGGCUGCCUUUCUACACCUUUAACUUCUGCUCUCUCUACCGUAUGGACCUGGUGUUGACCUUCGCCAGGGGCUUUGAGUUCGUGGUGCUGCUGUCUUACUCCUGGAGCUGUGCCAACCCCAUACUGUACGCCUGCCUCUCCGAAUCCUUUGGACGCCACUUCCUCACCCUCCUCUGCCCCACCAAAAGGUCUCCCAGCGUGCACUGCAACCCUGACACGGAGCGCUAUGACCUCAAUGACACGAACGGGAGGGACAUCAGUGUGGUGGCGUAGAGAAGCCAGAAAAAAAUUUCACAUCAGCCUCAAGAUUUGACUUCUAACACAGCUGUUGUGCAUUGGCCCCGCUGCUCUAGCACACCUCGGUCAUUUGAUUUUCCAUAACUCGUGAAAUGAAGCAUAAAUGAUGCGACAACAGAGAGGCGGUGAAAGGUGGCAUGUAAACAAGAUAGCAGCUAUGUGUUGCUGGCCAAGACAAUGAGCUCCCAGAAGACCCACAGAAGUUGACUCAAUGACUUUUGGGGUGAUGUCAUGGUUGUCAUGGAAGUCAGCUCAGAGUUGAUUUCUUUAGGGGAAAUUCUUACUACAGAACUGUUUGGGGUGAGAUACGAAGGACAAGACGAAAAGGUGUUUGGUUCAUCCCAAGAUUAGUCCUAUUGGAUGUUCAUAGAGUAAGAAUGUUCACACUGUAACUAUGGAUGGUUUAUACUUAAAAUGCUUGUUGUAUGUGGCUUAAUAUUUUUAAGUUAUUCCGUCUUAACAGGGUACAUUUUGUAUUAGUUAUAAUUUAGUCGCUUUUGCCUAAAUAAAAUAGAGUAAGUUUUCUUGACGGAGGAAGAUGAAUGAAAAAUAUAUGACUUUAUGUAAACUUUAUGAUCAAGCAACUGAUUCUUUAUCAAGACAAUGGACCAAGAAAAUACAAGCUAGAGAUGGUAUAUGAUGGUAUAAUCAUCGUCAUAAUUCUAAUCAUAACCAUCACCGCCAUCGUCAUCAACACAUUUUUUUGUAGUUGCUUUCAUGUUGCAAUUAAGCUCAACUUAUUGUUAUGUCAAAUUAGUUUCACAGUUUACAAAUAUUGUUUAUGGAUACGUAUUACACAAUGCUGCUUGAAUCUCACUCACUUACUCACUACUGUAUCAUCACCUUCCUGUUUUAAAUAUCAAAUCUCACAUGAGAGGAAGCUAACUGAAGGAAUUUUCCAUUAAAACAUACAAAUCACAAUGUUGGGUUUUUCUACUUAGGUUCGUUACAAAAAUAAAUAAUCUGUGAGGCUCAAGUUAGUGAACUACUUACAUAGUUGUACAGUAUGUGUGUAUGACUAUAGCCUCCUGGUUCACACUGAGCGUACCAAACAUUAGGAACACCUGCUCUUUCCAUGACAUAGACUAACCAGGUGAAUCCAGGUAAAAGCGAUGAUCCCUUACUGAAGUCACUUGUUAAAUCCACUUCAAUCAGUGUAG